AUGGCCGGCAGCGACGCGAACGACGAGGGUCCCGCGCGGAGGGGCGGCGCGGCGAGGCGCCCGGGGGCCCCAGGAGGGCGGGGAAGCGAGGCUGCCGCCAGCUGCCCGGAGCCGCUGUCCACUGCUGAAGCGCCGGCCGAGGGCGCCGCGCUGCCCGCUUGGAUGCGCCUCUACUUCUACGGGAUGCACGGGGUCACCCUGGACGUGCUCCUGUCCGCGGCGCACCGCUUCGCUCGCCGCCCGGACCUCCGGAUGCUGGGCUUCUCCUCGCCCUACCGCUGCCUCCUGCACUCGCUCACCCACCUGGCGCUGGAGAAAGUCUACCUGCAGCAGCAGCGCUGCCCCAGCGCCUUCGUCUUCAAUUUCCUCCUCUACCCCUCGGCCCACGUGGGGUUGCAGACCCUGGCGGGCGCGCUGCUCUGCCCGGUCGGCGGGCCGGGGGGCGCAGCGGCGCCGGGGGCGCUGGACUUGGCCCUGCAGUACGUGCUGGCGCUCUACCACUGCCAAGUGUUCCUGAAGCGCUUCCUGCACUUGAGGUACCAGCGGCGGCAACAGCUGCGGGGCGCGCCCCCCGCCCCUGCGGGCUUCCGGGCGCCAGCGACAGCCGGUGGUCGGCGGCGGCGACCUCGCGGUCGCAGAGGCGCGGGGGGAGCCCCCAACCAGGGGCUGCCGGACCUGCUCCGCUUCCUUUUCUUCGGAAUGCACGGUUUUUUGGAUGAGAUCUUCUUCACCUUCUUCUUUAACCUGCUGGGGCCCGGGGACGGGACGAGCAGCGGCCACACGUCGCUCUGGUCCUUCUUUAUGUACGGCAGCUGCAGUUUUGUGGUGGAAAAGCUCUAUUUCCACCUCCACUACAGUCGGGGCUGGGGCACCUGGAAGCGAGUACCCUUCUACGUGAUCUUCGUCUACGCGUGGGAGUUGUCCUGGGGCCUGGGACUCCGCACUUGGGGCGCCUGUUCUUGGGACUAUUCUCACUAUCCGCUCAAUUUCAUGGGCCUUAUCACGCUGAUGUAUUUACCUGGUUGGAUAUUCCUUAGUGUGUACCAGGACCUACUUUCCAAUGUGUUGUGGCGGGUGCAAUACGUACCAACUAACUAA